CAACAAGUGUAAGUGUUUGUUACCUGCUAGCACAGGAAUUGAUGCCAUCGUGUCUGCUUGAUAGCGAUACUUAUAAUUGCAAUAACGUCGUUCAAGUGCCUGUCAUCAUGAUGCCAGAUGUUUCCCAAAGGGUGUUUCAUGACCGCAGUAUCUGCUCGCAAGCUUGUGCGUGGGAUUGCCGGAAGUGUAAUAUGCUUUGCGCACACUUUGGACCCAAGAUUGUUUAUCGUAAUCAAAUGCUUUAAUACAGAGUAGAUUCACCUUUCUGCUUCGUGUGUCCACAAGGGAUUACUAGCAUUCAUUGUGGUAACAAUUCGGGGCGCGUGCGACAGACUCACUGAUCAGACACACUAGCACGAAAGCAACCCGAGGUAUCAUGGCGUUGACAACCCCGAAGGCUGAGCUCAUUGGCGCUUUUAUGGAGUCACUGGCAUACGGUGUAUAUCUGAUGGUGUUUAGUCAAUGCAUGUCUGUACUGAGGAACAGGCAAUCGCGACCAAGUGAUUACUUGGUCGGGACUGCAAUUUCAUUGUUCAUCUUCAUCACGGCACACGUUGCCGUUGAUAUCCUGCGCAAUAUACAGGCUUUCACUACAGACAAGGCAGAGCCAAAUUAUCCAACCAUAUAUUAUGGGACAUUUGACACUUGGCAGAACAUGCUGAAGACUAGUCUGUAUGUUGCUGUUACAUUGGUGUCCGACGCAUUCAUUUUAUACCGCUCAUUCAUUGUAUGGGGUAGGAGUUACCUCAUCUCCAUCUUCCCUUUCUUGUUAUUCAUCGCGGACAUUGCUAUGGGUGUUCUCUUGGUAUACACUUUGAGCCGUGUCGUUCCGGGUGAAAACGUCUUCGCCGAUGCUCUCUCUGUUCGCGUCAAGAUAUUCUACUCGACUACUCUGACCAUGAACGUGAUCUGCACAUUGCUGAUUGCAGUCAAGAUUUUAAAGAUCCAAAAAGCGGUCACAUCCUUCGCAAAAAGCGGUGGGGAACAGGUCUCUCGUUUGGUGCCAAUCAUAGUUGAAUCUGGUUCUGUGUACUCAGCCUUACUCGUGGUUAUGAUUGGAACAUGUGCUUCUGGCUCUCCAGCCAUGUUCAUCGUUUUGAAUUCAAUAUCACCGAUUAUCGGCAUCGUGUUCUCUUCCGUUAUCGUCCGCGUCGGUCUGGGCGUAUCUCAUGGCGAUUCCCAUCGCGCCAAUGGCACAAUAUCUUCCUCGCGGAACGUUCAGUGGAUGACACGUGUGGGUUCCAGGCUACCCAAUAGGGAGCCGCCGAUUUAUGCUGCGCCAUUCCCGUAUGGGGGUGUUCAGGUCUCGCUGCAGCAAACUGUGCAUACUCAUGCCGACACCUUACCGGAUGACAUCGAGAAUGGCAUCUCAAACUUACAUACAAAGGGCUCUUUCUAGGCUCUUUCUGUGUGAUAUAGCAACGGAGAAAACGUGUAUUUGUCAUUUAUUUAUCAAUCCGACCAAGAAUUUAGCGAAG